AUGAGCACGGUCAACGCAUCCACAGGGUACACGCCGUUCCAUUUGCGCCAUGGCCGCUCGCCGCGCGUGGUUCCCCCAAUUUCCUUGGGAGACGUCUCCGACGCUAACGAGGCGAUCGGAACCGAGGGCGUAUCCGCGGCGCUCGCCAUGCUCAGGCGCCUGGAGACGGACGUGAUGGAGGCACAGGACACCUUGCUCAUGUCGAAGGCCGCGCAGGCCUUCCAUGCCAACAACUCGCGGGGCACUGAGCCUCGCUUCGAGGUUGGCGACCGUGUUCUCCUCUUGACCUUCCAUCGAUGCCGGGAGUACAUGCAGAGGGGGUCACAUCGCGUUGCAAAG